AUUAGCGACUCUGUCUUGGUGGCCCUUCAACAGAUCGGUCGCGCAAAGAAGUUGGCCACCUUCGAAAUUCCUCAGCGGCUUUACCUAGACUCUGAACAGUGGACUCCUCAGACCGGCCUCGUCACAGAGGCCAUGAAGGUCAGACGUUUCGCCGUUAAGAACGCUUUCGUCAAUGAAAUCAAAGCCAUGUAUUCUACCUAG